AUGUCAGCUGAUCGGAAUUACACCCUGGAUCUUCCGAUGCCAAUCGAAUGCGACACGAAUUUCAACAAUUCCAGAGAAAUUGUCAAAUACUUGACGCAAUCAAUUUAUAUUUCGAUAUCAAUUUGGCUGCAUUUUUUGAUUUUGAGAAUUAUUUUGGUGAAAAAGAGGAAGGAAUUUGAGAAGAACACGUUUUUUCGCAUUUAUUUGGUGGAUAUUUUGGCGGUGAGUUUUGAAACGUCGGUACCGGUACUGGCCAGUUGAGACUGAAGUUUUUGUCUACAAAUUUUGAAAAUGUGAAAUUUUUGAAACAGUGAAACAAAUUAAUUAUUUUAAAUAUUGAAGUUGAAAUGUAUUGUCUCAAAUUUUCGUUUGAUUGAAAAAAAAUUAACCUAAAAAAAUAUUUGAAAAUUUUGAAAAAGUGAAAAAUUUCAAAAAAAAAAUUUACUGUUUCAAAAUUUUCAUAUUUUCAAAACAAAAUUAUCUGAAGUUGUUUUAAUUUUGAGUUCCACGUCAUUGUUUCAGAUAAUGAAAAAUCAACAAUUCUAGAUAUCAAGAGAUUUUUGAAAAUUUUAAAACAGUGAAAUUUUUUAGUUACUGUUUCAAAAAUUUCUCGAAUUUUGAACAAAAUCAAUUUCAAAAAUAAGAUUUUGAAAAAAAAAUUUGAAAAAAAAUAGAAAAAAAAGUUCACUGUUUCAAAGUUUUCUCAAAUUUUACACAGAAAAAAUCGAUUUUGGUACACUUACGGCUGCCACAUUUUUCAAUUUCGACAAUACCAAUUGAGACUGAAGUUUUUGUCUACAAACUUUGAAUAUAUGAAAUUUUUGAAACAGUGAAAAAAUUCUAUGAAUUUGAAAUUUAUUCUAUUUCUAAAAAUAACCUCAAAAAAUAUUUGAAAAUUUUGAAACAAUGAAAAAUUUCAACAGAAUUUGUAAUUAUGAACAAAAAAACUUACUGUUUCAAAGUUUUCUCAAAUUUUACACAGAAUAAAAAAAUUCGAUUAUACUUGAUUGGGCUUAUCAGCAAAAAUAAAAAAAAAACAAAUUUUUCACAAGAUUUUAUACGAAUUUAGAUUUUUUGAUGAAUAAUAAGUUCUUACCAGUUGUGUUGAGACUGAAGUUUUUGUCUGCAAAUUUUGAAAAUGUGAAAUUUUUUGAAACAGUGAAAAAAUUCUAUGAAUUUGAAAUUUAUUCUAUUUCUAAAAAUAACCUCCAAAAAAUAUUUGAAAAUUUUGAAACAGUGAAAAAUUCCAACAGAAUUUGUAAUUAUUAACAAAAAAAAUUUACUGUUUCAAAGUUUUCUCAAAUAUUACACAGAAUAAAAAAAUUCGAUUAUACUUGAUUGGGCUUAUCAGCAAAAAUAAAAAAAAACAAAUUUUUCACAAGAUUGAAACUUAUUUUAAGUUCCAGAUUGCCAAGUCAUAAAAAAAUUAAAAAAAAUUACUGUUUCAAAAAUUUCUCGAAUUUUGAACAAAAUCAAUUGAAAAAGAAAAUAGAAAAAAAAUUCACUGUUUCAAAAUUUUCUCAAAUUUCACACAGAAAAAUCGAUUUUUGGUCUAUUGCGUGUUUUUUUUAAAUCCACAUUUUCUAUUGUUUCAAAAAUUUCCCAAUUUCCCAAUUUCCAGAGUUUAACAAUGAAUCUAAUCGAUGUUCUCUACACACGUCCUCUUAUUUUCAUCCCACCAAUUUGCCCAAUUCUUUCGCCAUUCUUCGAAAAUCCCUCAAUUCUCGCCACAAUCUUUUACACUCUCCCAAAUUAUAUGAAAGCAAUGAAAUCACUCACUCAAAUGUUUAUGUCAAUUAAUCGAAUGUGGUGUGUAAUUUGGCCUUUGGAUUAUAAAAUCCGCUGGCAAAAAAUGAUCAAACCUGUCAUUUUCUUAAUCGUGGCGGGACCCAUUUUCAUCACGUGGAAUGUUAUGAUCUCGAGAACUUGCACUUUUGCAAUGUACGGUGGAUUCUCUUUUUCCUAUGUCAAGCGAGUUACUGGAACUUGGGCUAAAUUAAGUGUUCUGCACUUGGGGUUAUUGUUGGUUUCCCUGGUGACUACAGUAAUCUGCACAGCGAUUACUGUAGUGGGUCUUGUGGCGAUGCCGAAUCGAUUGAAAAAUGCGGAAAAGACUUUGUGCGUGGCGACGGUUUGUAUUUCGAUGGGAUUUAUUGCGACUGCUUUGACACAGGUUUGGGCAGAAACUUGGGGUUUGUGAAAAAUUCUGAGUUUUUUUUUGCAGAGCCUGUUUGCAUUUUGCUCCUCCUGUGCACUUUCAAUAACUCUUCUCAUGAUUCAAUAUUUUUGCUACGAUUUUUUGAAUCUCGGAUCUCCAUUGGUUAUUAUUUUUAUGAGUUCGGAAUUGAAAAGUCAAAUUUUUCCGACUAAAGUUCAGGAAUUGAAAAGUUAUUGA